AUGCAAGGGACUUGUACCUUUUCAUUAUCACCCUUGACAGCUCAGUUCGUCCAUGCUAUCCCAGACGAAACUGAAGAUCGGAAACUUGUCGAGGGUUGGCCAUCGCAGCCUCGGACACUCGGAAGAUCGACCAUAGAACGCAUCUAUCGCGGUUUUCUCGAUUUGCUGGGGAUCCUAGUGUCAGUCCCAUUCAUCGUUCUAGCUGGCAUUGCCCUCGAUCGCAAUGGUAAGGACAUUGAGGAAAGCGACUGGAAAAGGAUCCAGACGUCAAUGAAUGUGGCUGUUACCGCAUUCCCUAUUCUUUUCGCCGCCGUGAUCGGUCGUUUCACUCGGGUCAUUGCAACAUGGCGGUUGGAACGUGGUUGCUCCUUGGGAAUACUUGAGCAGUUAUUCUGGAGCUCGACGUUUGUCAGCGCAAUAAUGACCCAGCUCUUCAUGAGAUCGUUCAACCUGUUGGGUCUUGGCCUCAUAAUCCUUUGGGUCUUGUCUCCUCUGGGGGGCCAGUCGUCGCUUUAUAUCCUCCGUACCGCACGGGACACCACGACUUCUGUCUCCAAUAUUCGGUUCUUCAAUACAUCGUUGGGCGCAUCAUUUGAUAGCGGCGACAUUGCUUCGAUGCCACAGAUCAACGCGCUCUAUAUGUCCUCCCUCCUCGCACCGCAGUCGAUCAAAGAAUCGCCCAUGGACCUUUGGGGCAAUGUGAAACUUCCGAUUAUGUCCCGGAUGGAUGGCGGUACCACGAGCCACGGGUGGAAGGACAUCAAGAAAGACUCCCACGUAGUAUACUCCUCACUUCUGGGUAUACCGUUCGAGAACAUCCAGCGUGGCUCGAAUUCUUCCUUCCACAUGGAGUCGUCCUACUAUGACAUCGACUGCUUUGAUGUAAGCCUUCAGCCGGAGCCAGUCUCGAUGACCAACACUACUCGGUUAGACAUCAAGAUCGACUCCAAAAGCUGGAGUCCGCCCGUGAUCCAGAAGACACCGGACCAUGUAUUCCUUGGAAAUAAUGGGAGCCUCUCAUGCUCGGGGCAGGAAUGCACCACCCCCUUCACCCUCGGCCUCGACCACUACGUAACGGAUAUCAUGCACCAGACGCUAGACAUCUUCCCCAACGUUACCGACAACAAACAAACUUACUUCGAUGAGCCGCCCGUCCUUCUCUUCCAGUCUCGCUGGUGGCGGCCCUCGACGCGUCAGACCUCCGUCGCCUACUGUCACAUCAACCAGAUCUACGUCGAAUCAAAGGUCCGCUGCGUCGACACGCAGACCAGCAUCCCCCAGUGUGCAGUCCACGCCAUGCGCGAUAGCCUUAUUCCGCAUCCCGCGCGAGAUCUCACGAAUUUCAUCUUCCCGCUCACCCUGCAGGGCUUCGCCACCUACCUCUCCGAAUCAACCGGGACCAUCCAUCCUGCCGACAACUCACUCACAGAGCGUUACCUCAACAACAGCGCCAACCCCUUGCUCGCCAGUACAGGCGAUCUCCCGCUCUUCCUCCUCCCAAAGGAGACCCUCUCCGAGCGCCUCACCCAGGUCGUCAACACAUACUACACCAGCAGUCUCCUCCCCGAAGGAAUGACCGGCAAUUUCUCCGCAACUCUCGCCAACCGAAAAUCAUUCUACGACCCAGAUUACGCCGCCGUCCCGACAACAGCCACAGAAACGGCGUGGAAACCCUACACGUAUCAGGUCAACCCGGCCUGGCUAACCAUAUUCAUCGUAUCAUCUACUACUAUGCUCUUCGCUGCCGUCUGGACGGCUAUCAUCGCCCAUCGCACUCUCAUCCCCGAUGUGCUGGGCUACGUGUCGACAAUGACGCGGGAUACGGGUGAUCCGUCUUUCCCAGGGGGUGGGACUACGCUUGACGGGCUGGACCGGUCACGACUGCUGAAGAACCUCCCGGUCCGACUGGGCGAUUCAAAAGCUGGGGAUGCGUCGACUGGGUAUCUGUCGUUUACUGGGGCGGGUGUUGCGCAGAGAGCGUCGCGUGGGCGAUAUUAUGAGUGA